AUGGGUGGUGUUCCCUCCAAACCGGGCGAUGCCGCUACGCAGCUCCAGGUCAUUGGCGCAGGCUACUCGAGGACAGGAACGGCAUCGAUGCAACUGGCUCUCGAGAAGGUGCUGCAAGGGCCUGUAAUGCAUGGCGGAACACACAUAUUAUGGCGCGAGGACGCAUUCGCGAAGAAAUGGGUCGGCGCGUACGAGGCACGGGAAGCCGGCGACAAGGAGAAAACAAUGAAGCUGCUGCGGGAAUUGACGACCGGCUUCGUCGGCGUGACCGACACGCCCAACUUUGAUUUCAUCCCCGAGCUCAUCGAGUUGUACCCGGAGGCGAAGGUGGUCCUUGUCACGCGAGACCCCGAUCGGUGGUGGACAAGCAUUGGAGGCAACCUCAAAUACGCAUUUCCAUGGUACUUGCCGGUCCUCACGGCUCCUAUGCCUGGGCUUCGAUGGUUUCCCAGUAUCGCUGCUCACUGGCAGAGGAUCGCUCUGCGGGAGAUGGGGAAGGCCCGCGGGCCAGGGACUCCACUAAGUCCAGAUCUCAUUGAAGUUCACAAUGAAAUGGUCAAGCGGGUCGUCCCGGCUGAGCGACUUUUGGUCAUGAGCCUCAAGGAGGGAUGGCAGCCGCUUUGCAGCUUCUUGGAAAAACCAGUACCAGGGGAGCCAUUCCCACGGUUGAACGAUGCUGAAGAAGCUGAGAAGGUCGCCAAAGGAAUCUUUGCGAGGUGUAUUUUGGUUUGGUUGGGUAUCAUCGGAGCGACUGUGGUUGGCGUGCGUACAGGAGCACGGUUCCUGAACACACACGACCUCGGAUUCAUAAAGUCGACGAUAUCAUAA